ACAGAUAAACCCCUCCACCUCUGAAACCGGGGUCGAACUCCAACAGGCGGCGCGGCGGCCGCAGCACCAGCAGGAACCGAGCCCAGCAUGGCUUGGACGGCCGCAGCCACUCUGUGCUGCCGCUUCGUCCGCCUACCCUCCGCCCGCCGCCACUCCCCGCCCCCGGUCCGAUGCUCUGCCGCGCAGAGCCCCGACGCGGUGGACAGGGAAUUCGCCGACCUCAACCUCCGGCCCCUCUACCCAAACAGGGGUCAGCACCUGCGCAUCCGGCAGCACGUGAACCCGCUCAGUUCAUCCUUCUCCGAGCCCACAGAGCCACCGGAGUGGAAGGAGGUGUUCGAGGAUCCCAUGCUGCCCCUCAUGGUUGACAUCGGCUGCGGGAGUGGGAGGUUCUUGAUUUGGCUUGCCAAGAACUCCGGGGAGAGGCGGAACUACCUCGGGCUGGAAAUCAGGCAAAAGUUGGUGGAGCGGACACAAUUUUGGGUGAAUGAAUUGGGGCUUAGGAAUGUCUAUUUUAUGUUUGCAAAUGCAACGGUGUCUUUCGAGCAAAUCGUGUCAUCAUACCCUGGUCCCCUAUCACUUGUUUCCAUACUGUGUCCUGAUCCUCACUUUAAGAAGAGACAUCACAAGAGAAGAGUUCUACAACCAUCAUUGGCAGAUUCAAUCACAAAGAACCUCUCUUUAGGUGGACGGGUUCUUAUACAAUCGGAUGUACUUGAAGUAGCCACAGACAUGAGAGAAAGGUUUGAUGGAUACUCCAAUAUUUUUGAGCAUGUUGAUUGUGUUGAUAAAGAUCUUCAGUGUGACAAUGAAGGAUGGCUUCUGGACAACCCAAUGGGGAUACGGACAGAAAGAGAAAUCCAUGCUGAGUUAGAAGGAGCAACCAUAUACAGACGGAUGUACCAAAAGACCAGAGAUGCUUUUCACUAAAGGUUCAUCAGUUAAGUGGGUACAUAAGUUGUCCAGGCAGUAAUGAGUUAAGUUUUCCUGCUUGAAUCAUGUAUCACAAGUUCGCGACAGCCAUUUUUCAGCAUCACCGGUCUAUUUCCAAAGCAGGUUGCCAACAAUAUAUCAAUGAAGCUUAACUUGGGCCUUGUUUUUAGUACAGAUCCUCAUCUUUGCUCACCUGAUGUGAUGAGUCAGAUAAGCCAAUGAUUGGUCAAGGACAUCCUUAUGUUUGACGGAAGAUGACAAUUCACGAGGCAAUUCAUUUUUUGUGUUGACUACAUCUGUGUUCUGUCCAGCGUUCAGGGCUGGAAUCGCUCACCAGAGAUCAGUAGGCAUACAAUUUCUAGAGGCAAUCCAGAUGAGGCAAUUUGAUGUACGCUAGGAUUGCCCAAACUUUGCUCACACUGGUUACUAUGCCUCGGGUUCAGUAUAGAAAAGGAAAGGAGGUCAGGACAUUUCACUUUAAUCUUGUUUUUGAGUUGCAGAUCUGUUUCCGUUCAAAAAAAGUUGUAGAUCUGUUAGCUUCUGCUGUUGCAACUCUAUGGAUGUGGGAUCCUAAAUAUUUUUGCCAGCAAAGCUGCCCCCUCCAAGCUAAUUAAAAGAGGAUCACUGUCAUUGGUUC